GCAGCGGCCGUAAAGCUGUUCGCUCGGUACGACGCGAGUCCCAGCUCAGCGCCUCUCCCGGGUCCGCGGGCGCUACCGCCCCCCGACGUGAGAGAGCGAAGUUCUGGGGCCGCGCUCCCUCCCCGCCUGGGCGCCCACCCCCUCCGGGAGCCCGGGUCCCCGGGGCGGUCGCGGCGGCUGCAUCGUCAGGCCAGGCCGCGGGGGGAGGGGGCGGCACGGGCCUCCGAAAGCGGGGCCAUGGAGCCCAGAGAGUCGGGGAAGGCUCCUGUGACAUUUGAUGACAUCACUGUGUACUUACUCCAGGAGGAAUGGGUGCUGCUGAGCCAGCAGCAGAAGGAGCUCUGUGGUUCCGACAAGCUGGUGCCACCGUUGGGACCAACUGUUGCCAACCCUGAGUUGUUCUGUAAGUUCAGGCGAGGGCCACAGCCAUGGCUUGGCAGUGUCCAGGACCAGAGGAGUCUUCUGGAGCAUCACCCAGGAAAAAAACAGAUGGGCUACACGGAAGAAAUGGAUGUGCAAGGUCCCACCAAGGAGAGUGGACAGUGCCUGCCACCUCAGAAGAAAGCCUGCCUUUCCCACCUCAGUAUGGGGAGUGGACACAUCGAGGGAGACUGGGCAGGAAGAAGCAGGAAACUCCUGAAGCCCCGAUCCAUACAGAAGUCAUGGUUUGUGCAGUUUCCAUGGCUGAUUGCAAAUGAGGAGCAGACGGCUCUGUUCUGCUCUGCUUGCCGAGAAUACCCCUCCAUCAGGGACAAGCGGUCAAGACUGAUAGAAGGUUAUACAGGACCAUUCAAGGUGGAGACUCUCAAGUACCACGCCAAGAGCAAGGCCCAUGUGUUCUGCGUCAAUGCCUUGGCAGCAAGGGACCCUGUCUGGGCAGCCCGGUUCCGGAGCAUCAGAGACCCACCUGGAGAUAUCCUGGCCAGCCCGGAGCAGCUCUUCACCGUGGAUUACCCCAUAUUCUACCCACCAGGGCCUCUGGGAGGCUUUGAUAGCAUGGCUGAGCUCCUGCCAAGCUCAAGAGCUGAACUAGAGGACCCUGGGGGGAGUGGAGCAAUUCCUGCAAUGUAUCUAGACUGCAUUUCAGAUUUGAGGCGAAAAGAAACCACUGAUGGCAUCCACAGCUCCUCAGAUGUUAGUAUUUUAUGUAAUGAUGCAGUAGAAUCCUGCAUUCAGGACCCUUCUGCAGAGCGGCUGUCGGAGGAGGUUCCUGUGGUGUUUGCGGAGCUGCCAGUAGUGUUCGAGGAUGUGGCGGUGUAUUUCACCCGGGAGGAGUGGGGCAUGCUAGACAAGCGGCAGAAGGAGCUGUACAGGGACGUGAUGCGGAUGAACUACGAGCUGAUGGCAUCCCUGGGACCUGCUGCUGCCAAGCCGGACUUGAUCUCCAAACUGGAGCGGAGGGCUGCACCCUGGAUCAAGGACCCAAAUGGGCCAAAGUGGGGGAAAGGUCGUCCUCCAGGGAACAAGAAGAUGGUGGCAGUGAGAGAGGUGGACACACAGGUCUUGGCUGCGGACUCCGUGCUGCUUCCAGCCUCUCCCGUGGAGGCCCAUGCCUCCUGCUGCAGUGCCGGCUUUUGUGAAGGAGACGGAGAUGGACCUAGGAGAAUCAAGAGGACGUACAGGCCCCGUUCCAUUCAGAGGUCAUGGUUUGGGCAGUUCCCAUGGUUGGUAGUUGACCCCAAAGAGACCAAGCUCUUCUGCUCAGCCUGCAAAGAAAGACCUAAUCUCCACGACAAAUCAUCUCGGUUAGUCAGAGGUUACACGGGGCCUUUUAAAGUGGAGACUUUAAAAUACCAUGAAGUCAGCAAAGCGCAUAGGCUCUGUGUCAACACAGUUGAAAUCAAGGAAGAUGCCCCUCAGACUGCCCUCAUUCCGGAGAUCUCCAGUGACCUCAUGGCCAACAUGGAGCACUUUUUCAAUGCUGCCUACUCCAUCGCAUACCACUCAAGGCCCCUGAAUGACUUUGAGAAGAUCCUAAAGCUCCUCCAGAGCACUGGGACCAUGAUACUGGGCAAGUACCGCAAUCGCACAGCAUGCACUCAGUUCAUCAAGUACAUCUCCGAGACGCUGAAGAGGGAGAUCCUGGAGGACGUGCGCAAGUCUCCCUGCGUGAGUGUGCUGCUGGACAGCUCCACCGACGCCUCCGAGCAGGCCUGUGUGGGGAUUUAUAUCCGCUACUUUAAGCAGAUGGAGGUGAAGGAGUCCUAUAUCACUCUGGCCCCUCUCUACAGUGAGACAGCAGAUGGGUACUUCGAGACCAUCGUUUCUGCCCUGGAUGAGCUGGACAUCCCCUUCCGGAAGCCUGGCUGGGUGGUGGGGCUGGGGACUGAUGGCUCAGCCAUGUUGAGCUGCAGAGGAGGCCUUGUGGAGAAGUUCCAGGAGGUCAUCCCGCAGCUGCUGCCUAUCCACUGCGUGGCCCACCAGCUGCACCUGGCCGUGGUGGACGCCUGUGGGAGCAUCGACCUGGUGAGGAAGUGCGACCGGCACAUCCGCACCAUCUUCAAGUUUUAUCAGUCCUCAAACAAGAGGCUGAACGAGCUGCAGGAAGGUGCAGCAGCUCUGGAGCAGGAGAUCCUCCGCCUGAAGGACCUGAACGCCGUGAGGUGGGUGGCCAGCAGGAGGCGCACACUGCACGCCCUGCUCGCGAGCUGGCCCGCACUAGCCAGGCACCUCCAGAGCGUGGCGGAGGCUGGGGGCCAGAUUGGGCACCGGGCCAAGGGGAUGCUGAAGCUCAUGCGUGGUUUCCACUUCGUCAAGUUCUGCCACUUCCUGUUGGACUUCCUGAGCAUCUACAGGCCUCUGUCUGAGGUGUGCCAGAGGGAGAUCGUGCUGAUUACAGAGGUGAACGCCACGCUGGGCCGGGCCUACGUGGCCCUGGAGAGCCUCCGUCACCAGGCGGGGCCCAAAGAGGAAGAAUUCAACACCAGCUUCAAGGACGGGCGGCUCCACGGCAUCUGCUUGGACAGACCGGAGGUAGCGGAACAGCGGUUCCAGGUAGACAGGGAGAGAAUGGUCCUGACGGGAAUAGAGUACCUCCAGCAGAGGUUCAGUGCAGAUCGACCGCCACAGCUCAAGAACAUGGAGGUGUUUGACACCAUGGCCUGGCCGAACGGGAUCGAACUUGCCAGUUUUGGGAAUGAUGACAUUCUCACCCUGGCCAGGUAUUUUGAGCACUCCCUCCCAGCAGGAUACAAUGAGGAGGCUCUGCUGGAGGAGUGGCUGGGCCUGAAAGCCAUCACCCAGCACCUCCCGUUCUCCAUGCUCUGCAAAAAUGCCCUGACCCAGCACUACCGUUUCCCCCUGCUGAGCAAGCUCAUGGCCGUGGUGGUCUGUGUGCCCGUCUCUACCUCCUGCUGUGAGCGGGGGUUCAAGGCCAUGAACCGGAUCAGGACUGAUGAGAGGACCAAGCUCUCCAGCGAGGUGCUCAACAUGCUCAUGAUGACGGCUGUGAACGGCGUGGCCGUCACAGAGUACGACCCCCAGCCCGCCAUCCAGCACUGGUACCUGACCUCCUCAGGCCGGCGUUUCAGCCACGUCUAUGCCUGCACCCAGGUGCCAGCCCACUCCCCUGCAGGCGCCAGGCUCAGGAAGGGGCAGAUGGGAGCCCUAUAUGCGGAGGGGUCCGGGACCCAGAAGCCACCCACCCUGCCUUCCAGGGAAGCAGUGGAGGUACUGAAGGACUGCAUCAUGGCGCCUCCCGAGAGCCUGCUGUACCCCCACAGCAGCCAGGAGGCCCCCAGCAUGUCCUGAGGGACAGGGAGUCCUUGAUCACGGGGACGGUUCUGCAGGACCUAGACUGCUCUCAGCUCUCCCACUGGCAGGGAUGCUCUCUGAGCAGCAGGAAGUGGGCAGUGGCGUCUGGAGCGGCAGGGGCAUUAGGAGGUGCAUGACCUGUUUCCUGAGACCCCGCUCAGCACAGCCAUGCCUCACGCAAGUGUGCCAGAAGGUUCUUACCGCAAGUUUGUUUUUAAGGUGCUCCAGAAAAUAAUCC